CGGCACGGCAAGCAUCAUCACUUUUUCUGGAUCAUAAUUAGCAAUUACAAUAACAUAAUCUCUUUUAUUUUUUUAUUGUGAAAGUUAAAUGGUUGUAUGUUUUUGACUAGUUAUUACGAUGUGAAUCAGUGAAUCAAAUAAUUUACGAUUUUGAAAGAAAUUAUGAGACGGACGUCCCCUUGGGAGGGCCCAAGGGGAUUUUUCAAAUUUAUUUAUUACAAUAUCGGUUAACAUUAACGUUGAGACUUGUCAAAAACCAUGACUCCUAAUCCGGACUCCACCGAAGUCUUAUCAAAAGACUCCGGCCCUCCACCUUUGGAGAAGCUGGUGGCUCCACAAGCUGGGCCGAGGAAGUACCAGUUUGUGUACUUGAACAUGAUGACUCAUGGCUACUGGCAUUUAUCAGCCAUUUAUGGUCUCUACUUGAGUUUCACUACUGCUAAAUGGGCCACGUUGAUAUUCGCACUCUUCAUAUUCGUGAUCUCCAAAAUUAGCGUGACAGCAGGGUCUCAUAGAUUGUGGGCGCAUAGAUCUUACAAAGCGAAACUGCCGUUGGAGAUUCUCCUAAUCAUAAUGAACUCUAUAGCCUUCCAAGAUACAGCCUUCACCUGGGCUAGGGAUCAUCGGCUUCACCACAGACACGCUGACACGGAUGCUGAUCCACACAACUCAACCAGAGGGUUCUUCUACUCUCAUAUAGGUUGGCUUUUUGUGAAGAAACAUCCUGAAGUCGUAGCUAGAGGGAAAACAAUACCGAUUGAAGAUCUGAAGAAAAACAAGUUGCUCCAAUUCCAAAGAAAAUACGCGUUUCCACUGAUGGGCACGCUAUGUUUCUUCAUGCCAACCUUUGUGCCUGUCUACUUUUGGGGCGAGAGCGUCAUUACCGCCUGGCACAUCAACUUGCUGCGAUACGUUUGCAACCUUAACGCCAUAUUCUCAGUGAACAGCGCAGCUCACAUGUUCGGCUACAAGCCAUAUGACAAAAAGAUAGCUUCAGUCCAAAACUUGCCUGUUACGUUCGUGACUUUAGGCGAGGGUUAUCAUAAUUAUCACCACACAUACCCCUGGGAUUAUCGAGCUGCGGAAUUAGGUAACAACAAGUACAAUUUGACCACGAAAUUCAUAGAUUUCUUCGCCUGGAUCGGCUGGGCUUAUGACCUGAAAACUGUUCCUGAAGAUACAAUUAAGAUGAGAAUGGCGAGGUCUGGCGAUGGAACUGAUUUGUGGGGCUUAGAAAGGGAUGAGCUGGUAAACGGAAUUAAUAAAUAAUUUGAUACUAAAUAUGUUGAUAUGUAUGAUUAUAUGACAAUUGGAACCUGAAAGAGGUCACAAUUAUUAAUGAAAAAAAAUUCGAAUGGUUUGGUUCGUUAUACAAUAAAAUAAUUUUUCAUUCA